AGUACGUUGCACAUUAUUGCAAUCUUAGAGCAGAUUUAUGUUCCAGAUUUCUUAGCAUAUUGUUGAUUCUUUGGUGGGAUAAAUAUGAACCUGUCAGAGACAUGUAUAUAAUUGUACAGUAUGCAAAAAUACUAAUUUACGCUUUGUUGGAUUUGCUAGUUAAUUACAUAAUAUCCCUGACUAAUUGUUUGCACACCGUUGCACUCGGGUCGUUAGUAGUUACCACAGCCACAAAGUCAUAAACCAAUUUAUCCUUUAAAAAUAUGAUUUUACACCUAACCUUAGCGGUGUCGUUAGCUUCAUGCCUAACCGUAAUCUUAAAUAAAGACCAAAAGACACAUGAUUGUUUUCAGGAAGUUUUACGAUAUAGCCUUUGUGGCUGUGGUAACUAGUGACAACAUUGCACUCGUGAUUGUAAUUUCCGGUCAUCCCGGAAGACCGUCUACGAGCCAGCUUUAGCCAAAUGAAAGUUAGAUAAUUCCGUGCUUUGAAUUGGCUUUAGAUUAUGUCGGCGCAGAAAAACACAUAUAUUUAGCCACACCCGUGAGGCACUUAUAUACAUUUAAAGAAAUAGAUUGUAUGUUCGUGGAUUUCCUUGUAUUCGUAUCUCUGCCAUGACUCUGAGCAUGUCUCCGGCUGCGGUUUGCCAGUGCUUUACUUUGGUGUCCCUGUGCACGUCCAUCGCUGACCCCAACUGGAUCCAGGUCAGGAACAGUACUGACCCCGGAGGAAAACAAAUCAUCUAUGGAGUGGCCUUCACACUGCACGCUGCCCAGAACAUCACUGACACAGGUCCUCUGGGUGGUGUUAACGGCUGGGGGAUGUGGCUGCUCUAUGCCCUGGCGGCUCUGUGCUACACUGCUGUCCUGCUCUCCAGCUCCUCCUUCUUAUUGGACUUCUUGGGGACUGGGAUGUCCCACCCUCGACUGGUGGUGUCACUCCACAUCUCCACUGUUGUUUUCCUAAUGUCCGUGCUGGGAGUGUGUGGGGCUUGCCUGUACGUCAUCAGCGGCAACCUUCAGGAGGGCAAAUUUGGGCUACUGUGGGACUGGGUAGGGGGCUGGACCUGGUCUGGGUCUUGGUCUCCUAGGCCUGGCACCAGAAGCCAAGGAGGGGCAGCGGGGAUGCAGGCUUACCCAGGGGAGAGCUUCUACAUUGCCAUUCUGGGCCUACUUUUUUCCUGCCUGGCUUCCGUGAUCAGCCUGAGUUGCCCGGGGGACCCCACCUCUACCCAGAGUGACUACACAGCCAUGGUAGAAGGGGACGACAGUGACACAGAGCCCCUCACCCCCAGGGAGCAGGGAGUGGGCCAGUCUGACGGAGACAACAGGGGGGAGGAGUGGGCAGGAGAGGUGGUCCCUGAACUGAAUCAGGUGGAGGUGGAUGGAGGUGGAGACUGCUAAAGGGGGUUCUGUUUAUAUGUUUAGCCCAAAAGGUGAACUGUGGUUUGGUUUCUACUAGAAUGCGAACCAGGAUCACACAUGGCCUGUAACAGACUUUAUUAGACAGCAGUGCUGGCCCCUUCCCUGGUCAUGUUUUGGUUCCUUUUAAUGCUUCACUUGACCAAGAUAGUAGAAUCCUGUCAGGAGCCAAAAAAGAGAUCCGAUACGUUUUCUAAUGUUCUCUUAAUGUUUGUCUGCCUAAAAACUUCCCUCUCGGGUCAGUGUGUAUACAGUUGCACAACAUACAUUUUAAAAAGAAUAACAUCUUUCCCUUGUGGGAGUUUAGGCCCAGAGUCUCCAACUUCACUUGACCAAGGUCAAUAGUUAUUUUGCUUGCUGUGAUGGUUGAAAAAGUGUGCCACAUGUUUAAGCUAUUUCUGUCUGUGUGACCAGGGCAAGUGCGUUAUACAAAUGAUAUGCUCUUUUCAAUAUAGUUGAACACGUGGCGUCACUUGCAUGAAGGGAUAGUAAACUCAUCAAUGGGAACAAGCGUUGACCCUGUUCCCAUUACUGCAAAAUAACCACUGGGGUGUGAUCAGGAUCAGCGAAUGGUUUCAAACAGUUCAAAACCAGAAAAUAUGUUCAGUUGAGCAUAAGUUGAAAUAUAGCCCAUGUUUGUACAAUCACCUAUUCUCCUCUUCUAGUUAUAAAAAUCCCUACAGGAAGGUUUUUUAAAAUGAUUUUUGCAGGUUGUUUUCUAACCUAUGCAUUAUCUUAACUUCUUAAACCCUUUGCACAGUCUUUCAUAGUGACACUUGAAGUUUCCCAAAUGGAGGACAGAAAUCCAAUAGAUUAUUCAUAGAUUUACCUGAAGUGUACUGAAACUAGAGUUUCCUUUGAGAAAUUAAAUUUAAAAAGCCCGUUUGGCUAUUAUUGCCACUAGCUUUUAUCACUUUUAAUUGAUACACUAUUUAUUAAUGCAUGGAUGUUUACUACUAUAGGAAGAAUUGAGGGGGAUAUGACAGCUUGCCUUUCCACAACAGGUAGUGUAAAUGCAUGGCUCUUGCCUUUAUAUGACUUGAUAUACUAAUGAUAUUAAAAUAUGAUGUAUUGAAUAUUUUAUGUAUUCGAAUGUUUCUGGUUUCAUAAAAUGUUGACACUGCUAUUGGUUACUAGAUAAUACAUAUCACUGUGAAAAUAUAUUCCAGUUUGGCAUCUUUAGAUGGUUACAUUACAGCACAAACCACUCUAUAAAGCAGGGUUAUCCUGCUUAACGGAAACCAAUAAAACAAGCUCCUUGAUGGUGUUUGGUUGCAGAUGAUGGUAGGACCAUGGAUAUUGGCUUAAUUAAUUAAGAUAGCUAAGAGCCUGCCUAGAAUCAGGUUUUCCUUACCUACUUGUUUCCUGGACACAGAUUAAGCCUAAUCCUGGAUUGGGAAACAUGUUCAAUCAAGAUUCUCUUUUUAUUUCAAGACCAGGCUUAAUCUGUGUCUGGGAAACUAUCCCUCAAUCUCUUCCUCAGGUACAUAGGAAGACAUUCCUUCUCUUAUUCCAGGGUCACAGUCCCAUCUCUAUGAAUCAGACUGUUCAUUGUGAUUGUUUGUGAUGUUAUUUAUUCAUUAAACUGUUUUUGUGUUUAA